CACCUGAUUGACGAACUCCGCCUGCCUCACAAUACUAUCGCCAUCAACCCACCCAAGCCAACCCGCGGCUUCCACGCACACCUUCAAAGCAUGACAGACCAACAAAACCCAACCCUCCCACCAGAACCACCAUGGCCACAAGAAACCGGAAUAUGGGGCUCCUACGCCCUCCACUGCCACUGUGGCGCAAUCCGCUACAACAUGAAACUCUCGCCUCCAAUCUUCGAAUCCGAAGCAGAAGGCAAAGGAGUGUACCCCGUCAUGUCUUGCAAUUGUUCGUAUUGUGAAAGAGUCGGGUAUCUUACUGUUCAUCCUUUGGUUGAGAAUGUGGAGUUUACACAAGGUCUGGAACAUCGCGCAGAAUACCUAACAAGCGGUCAAACUGCACCAUUAUGGUUCUGUAAGAAAUGCGGAAGUGCUCUCGGAGCUGAUAUUAGAGGUUUGAUGGAGAAGAUGGGAGCUCCACUUCGAUAUGGAUUGAAUGUCAGAAUGCUGAAGGAUAGUGAUGUGAAGAAGCUUACGAUCAAGGAAGUCACGUUCAUGAAGGAUAUGCCGCCCAAGUAUGACAUUGGGCCUCCUGAGAGUGAGAAAAGCCAGGCAUAGAUUAUCUGGUAGUUGUCUAUUGACAUUUCAAGGAUAUACAUGAAUCGACAAAAACGUUUGUAUUGUACAAAUUUGGCGCUUUUGUUUAUCCAAGCAUUCG